AUGUCGUCAAACGGUCCGGAGAUCCUGUGGGAGGUCUCGCGGCCCAGCUGUCCCAUCCGAGCUGAACCUCACUUCAAUGCUGAGGUCCUGCGAUGGAAAAGACAAGGUGACCGCGUGAGCUGCAUCGAGAUGACCAUGGACGGCUGGCUGAAGAUCGCCGAUGACCGUGGAUGGAUGAUCUCGGACAUGCAGGGCCUACACGGCAUCGGGGAGGUUCUGAGUCCAAAGCGUGGCGAGGACGUGAAGCUUGCGGUUGAGGAGCCUCACCCUCAAGGUGUCUGCUGCCUGGAAAUUGUUUACGCACAGGUGGCAGUCCGCGCCUCACCGAGCCGAGAUGCAGUGGCUUUGUACUACAGGCGCAAAGGCGAGCUGGUGUUUGCUCGCUCGCAGAACUUUGGCGGCUGGCUACGUUUAGCCGGCGAAGAGGGCUGGAUGUUGGCCCACGCGCCCGAGCAUGGAACUUUGCUUCGAGUGCGAGAGGUCACCGCCAACGCAGACCUUUGGUCCCUCUCCGAUCUUUGGGCGGCCGUCAGGCGAAAGCGAAGAAUGCUGAGCCCAACAGAUGUGCGGUCGCUCAAGGACGCCGAAGAAGGGACGCUUCUCAUGGCAGACAUGGACUAUGAGCACCAUGUCAAGACUGGCAACGCGGAAUGCCUUGUAGAGGAUGGGCUUCUGCUGAAGGAAGACCUCAAAAAGCCAGACGACUGGAUCCGCCAACGGCUGUUUGCUUACUCCUUGCUCCGUAUGGCCAAGGAGGAGCCUCCCCUCAACGAGCUUUGCCCUGGAGACUUCAAGCUGACCCCAAGGCCUCCCCCCAUGGACCUCUUCAAGAAGAUCACCUUGGAGGAGGUCCAAGGAGAGCCAAAGCACAGCAACUUCAGCAAUGGUCGAGAGGAGAACUCUAGCUCUGCCAAGUUUGGCAAUGGUAGCUCUGGUGGUUAUGGCUUUGGCCAUGGCGGACACAGUAACGGACGAGGCCCGGGCAACAACAGUGGACCUGGCUUCUUCAAGCAACACGAUUUCUCUUUGGGCGGCCAUCGCGACAAAGGUCCACCGAACCGAG